UUGUGCCACUCUAUCUUCUGAUCCAAACAUGGGAUGGGUUGAUAUUUCGUGUAAUCUCGACCGAUCCUUCAUAUGUGAACGCUAUCAGGACGUUCCUGAAUAUGAGUGGAGUCGGCUUGAUGGAACACUGUACUAUAUCUCUCAAUCGUCGAUGACGUCAUAUACGUUUGCUAGAAGGUUCUGCCAGGCUCAAGGAGGGGAUCUUGCCCAGCCUAAGACAGAAGAAAUCAAUAUGCAUCUCAUGACGCUGGCUGGAGAUAACUCGUAUUGGUUUGGACUCGAUGAUAUCAAUCAACAGGCCACGUUCCAAUGGAUUGAUGGCACUUCACUCGACAAUAAUGUAUUUCCUGCUUGGUCGAAUGGUGAUGCAACCCUAUUUGAGAGUGAACGAUGUGUUCAUCAACAGGUUAAUAAUGGAUGGAGAAAACUACUAUGUACAUCCUACCUCAGGUUCGCAUGUGAAAAAGCUCCGAGCCCACGCCCGAUCCUUCCCAUACGCAUAAUAGCAGCUACUUCAUCACCCUACGGAGGGGGACUGCUGGAUGCGUCAUUUAUCUGUCUACUCGGCUCAGAGAAUGAAGAGAUUCUCACAUUCUCCACCAGAAGACUCGUCCGUCUGACCGAGGCUAUAACUUUCGAUAGUUACACAGCUCCAGGAUACAGCAAUGUUGUACCAUCUGUAGUAUUAAGGCAUACUCUUCCAGCUACUAUGGAGGGCUUGGGAUUCUUCGAGUGUUCAUCGGUGACAGCCAGUAGAAUGACAUCUGUUCCUCUUGCCAUUCUUCUUUCUACCCGUGAAUUGCAACCCAUUGAUGGUCGGUUUACAAAGACAGUACACGUUGGAGAUGAUAUCAAACUCAGUGUGAUGAGCACGACAGGGAUGGUUGGUGAAGACGGAAUAAGAUGGCGGAAAUUCACUGAUGUAGACUGGGCUGAUUCACUCAUUGGAAUGAGUUCUGGCAGUCUAUCACACACUAUCCAAUCUGCAUCUGUCUCAGACGACGGUGUGUAUAUGACUUACGCGGAUGGAGCGGUGGAACAACUUCCAUCCAGCUUCAUAAGACUCAUCGUGAAGGAAUGUCCUUAUGGCCGAUGGAAUCCACCAUUAUGCGAUCGUUUGUGUGAUAGUUGUUAUAAUGGAGGUGUAUGCCACGAACUCUCAGGAACAUGCAUCUGUCCUCCUGGAUUUGCUGGAAAGAAUUGCCUUCAAGCUUGUGGAAUGCAUCGGUUUGGCUGGGACUGUGAAUUAGAAUGUGGUCCCAGUCAGCCUCUGGACCAGUGUACUGGAAAUCAGAUCUGUCUACCUGAUCCUUAUGGAUGCACCUGUUUGGCUGGAUAUACAGGAAUCUACUGCAAUGAAACAUGUUUGGUUGGUAUGUUUGGAGCUGAUUGUCUUCAAGAAUGUCACUGCACUGAUGGAGCAGAUUGUGAUGACAUCACUGGUGAAUGUCCCGGAGACUGCUCGCAAGGAUGGUCUGGAGCAGCAUGUCAAGUUCCGUCUGUUUGUCCCAUCGGUUACUUUGGAGCUGACUGCAAUCAGGAAUGUAACUGCAGAGAUGCCACAGCAUGCGAAAAGGAGUCUGGAUUUUGUGCCGAAGUUGAAGGAAUAUGUGACAUUGGAUAUCUUUCUGAUUCUGUUGAUUUCCCAUCAAGCUGUAUAAAAUUUUCUGGAUGCUACAGCUCUUGUUCAAAGACAUGUCAUUGUUCUGGUGGUGCUGAGGAUUGUAACUUUCUGACUGGUGAUUGUUUGUCAUCCAUCUGUCAUCCAAGAUGGAUAGGGGAUCAUUGCCAAACAGAUCGCUUUGAGACGAGCUCGAGGAAGACCAACCCAGGAGUGGCGAUCUUUUCUUGUUCGUUCACGGCGUCAUCAGGGCAAGCUCUCAGCCCCGCGGACAUCAAAGCUGCUCUUGGGGACUUUUCUGCAGCGAGCUGGAUUUCACAAAGCAGCUCUAUAUACAUAGAUAGAACCCUCAGCAAUUCAUUUACUCAUGUCAAUAUGGGACCAGAGAAAGCGAUUUACUGCUUCGUCGGAGAUCCUGAAAUCCCUUCAGAGUUCAUGUUCAUAAGGCUACCUCCAAGGCAAUUCUUUGCGUUACCAAGCUUUAAUGGUGUACCAGAACUACUUGAAUUUGGAUACUACCACGCAGCCAUCGGUUGGAGACAAUGGGACUCUAGCUCUGAUACCGGGGAAGGACCAAUUGUAGGGUACAAGUUAUACGUGCGAUCAGGUAGCAAUGUCGUGUUGGCUAAAGAAGUACAACCCCCAAGCAUGGUGAACAAUACGGACCGUUCCGUAUCGAAGAGGUCUGCUGAGAAUGCCAGUGAGAUGGUCAUGUAUAACGUCAGUGGACUUGAAGCAGGAUCAACGUACUCUGUCCAGAUUGCAGCGAUACGAGAUGGUAUCAACGGUGAAGGAGAACAAGGACUAGCAUUGACAUUUACAACUGAAAGUGUCAUUCAUUUUCACUAA